AUGACUUCUCUGACCGUGUCCUUCAGAUUUGCAACAGCCUGUGUCUUCUCUGCUCUAGACCAAGAUAGAACAGCCUUACAGAAAGUGAAGAAGUCUGUCAAAGCAAUAUAUAAUUCCGGUCAAGAUCACGUACAAAAUGAAGAAAACUAUGCACAAGUUCUUGACAAGUUCGGAAGUAAUUUUUUAAGUCGAGACAACCCAGACCUUGGCACUGCUUUCGUCAAGUUUUCUACUCUUACAAAGGAACUGUCCACACUGCUGAAAAAUCUGCUCCAGGGUCUGAGCCACAAUGUGAUCUUCACCUUGGACUCCUUGUUGAAAGGAGACCUAAAGGGAGUCAAAGGAGAUCUCAAGAAGCCGUUUGACAAAGCUUGGAAAGACUAUGAGACAAAGUUUACAAAAAUUGAGAAGGAGAAGAGAGAGCACGCAAAGCAGCAUGGAAUGAUCCGCACGGAGAUCACGGGAGCCGAGAUCGCAGAAGAAAUGGAGAAGGAGAGACGCCUCUUCCAGCUCCAAAUGUGCGAAUAUCUCAUUAAAGUUAAUGAAAUCAAGACCAAAAAGGGUGUGGACCUGCUGCAGAAUCUUAUAAAGUAUUACCACGCUCAGUGCAAUUUCUUUCAAGAUGGCUUGAAAACGGCUGAUAAAUUGAAACAGUACAUUGAAAAACUGGCUGCUGAUUUAUAUAAUAUAAAACAGACCCAGGAUGAAGAAAAGAAACAGCUAACUGCACUCCGAGACUUAAUAAAAUCCUCUCUUCAACUUGAUCAGAAAGAAUCUAGGAGAGAUUCCCAGAGCCGGCAAGGAGGGUACAGCAUGCAUCAGCUCCAGGGCAACAAGGAAUAUGGCAGCGAGAAGAAGGGCUACCUGCUGAAGAAAAGCGACGGGCUCCGGAAAGUGUGGCAGAGGAGGAAGUGUGCAGUCAAGAACGGGAUCCUGACCAUCUCACACGCCACGUCUAACAGGCAACCCGCUAAGCUGAACCUCCUCACCUGCCAAGUGAAACCAAACGCCGAGGACAAGAAGUCUUUUGACCUGAUAUCACAUAAUAGGACGUAUCACUUUCAGGCAGAGGAUGAGCAGGAUUAUGUGGCAUGGAUCUCCGUAUUGACAAAUAGCAAAGAAGAGGCCCUGACCAUGGCCUUCCGUGGAGAGCAGAGCACAGGAGAGAACAGCCUGGAAGACCUGACGAAAGCCAUCAUUGAGGACGUCCAGCGGCUCCCCGGGAAUGACGUCUGCUGCGAUUGUGGCUCGUCAGAACCCACCUGGCUUUCAACAAACUUGGGCAUUUUGACCUGUAUAGAAUGUUCCGGCAUCCAUAGGGAAAUGGGGGUUCAUAUUUCCCGCAUUCAGUCUUUGGAACUAGACAAAUUAGGAACUUCUGAACUCUUGCUGGCCAAGAAUGUAGGAAACAAUAGUUUUAAUGAUAUUAUGGAAGCAAAUUUACCCAGCCCCUCACCAAAACCCACCCCUUCAAGUGAUAUGACUGUACGGAAAGAAUAUAUCACUGCAAAGUAUGUAGAUCAUAGGUUUUCAAGGAAGGCCUGUUCGUCUUCAUCAGCUAAACUGAAUGAAUUGCUCGAGGCCAUCAAAUCUCGGGAUUUACUUGCACUAAUUCAAGUCUAUGCAGAGGGAGUAGAGCUAAUGGAACCACUGCUGGAACACGGACAGGAGCUUGGGGAGACAGCCCUACAUCUUGCAGUCCGAACUGCAGACCAGACCUCUCUCCAUUUGGUUGACUUCCUUGUGCAAAACUGUGGGAACCUGGAUAAGCAGACAGCCCUGGGCAACACGGCUCUACACUACUGCAGUAUGUAUGGUAAACCCGAGUGUUUGAAGCUUCUUCUGAGGAGCAAGCCCACCCUGUCCCAGGCUAAAUCUGGGAAGUUCAACCCACACGUCCACGUGGAAUAUGAGUGGAACCUGCGUCAGGAGGAGAUGGAUGAGAGUGACGACGACCUGGAUGACAAACCGAGCCCCAUCAAGAAAGAGCGCUCGCCAAGGCCUCAGAGCUUCUGCCACUCCUCCAGCAUCUCCCCCCAGGACAAGCUGUCACUGCCAGGGUUCAGCACCCCGAGGGACAAGCAGCGGCUGUCCUACAGCGCCUUCACCAACCAGAUCUUCACCUCCGCAAGCACAGACUCGCCCACGUCACCAACCACAGAGGCACCCCCGCUGCCUCCGCGAAACGCCGGGAAAGGUCCAACUGGCCCUCCUUCAACACUCCCUCUAAGCACCCAGACCUCUAGUGGCAGCUCUACCCUGUCCAAGAAGAGGCCUCCUCCCCCACCACCCGGACACAAGAGAACCCUAUCCGACCCUCCCAGCCCACUACCUCACGGGCCCCCAAACAAAGGCGCAGUUCCUUGGGGGAACGAUGUGGGUCCAUCAUCGUCAAGUAAGACUGCAAAUAAGUUUGAGGGACUAUCUCAGCAAUCGAGCACCGGCUCUGCAAAGACUGCCCUUGGCCCAAGAGUUCUUCCUAAACUACCUCAGAAAGUGGCACUAAGGAAAACAGAAACCAGCCAUCACCUCUCCCUGGACAAAGCCAACAUCCCACCCGAGAUCUUUCAGAAGUCCUCACAGUUGGCAGACUUACCGCAGAAGCCACCACCCGGAGACCUGCCCCCGAAGCCCACAGAACUGGGUCCCAAACCCCAAAUUGGAGAUUUGCCUCCUAAGCCGGGAGACCUGCCCCCCAAGCCCCAGCUGGGAGACCUGCCCCCCAAGCCCCAGCUGGCAGACUUACCCCCCAAGCCACAGAUGAAGGACCUCCCUCCCAAACCGCAGCUGGGAGACCUGCUGACGAAGUCCCAGGCUGGGGACGUGUCGCCCAAGGCCCAGCAGCCCCCAGACGUCACCCAGAAGUCACACCCGGUGGAUCUCUCCCCGAACGUGCAGUCCCGAGACGCCAUCCAAAAGCAAGCAUCCGAAGACUCCAACGACCUCACGCCCACUCUGCCGGAGACGCCCGUUCCGCUGCCCAGGAAAAUCAAUACGGGCAAAAACAAGGUGAGGCGAGUGAAGACCAUCUACGACUGCCAGGCGGACAAUGACGAUGAGCUCACCUUCAUGGAGGGGGAAGUGAUUGUGGUCACGGGGGAGGAAGACCAGGAGUGGUGGAUCGGGCAUAUCGAAGGACAGCCUGAGAGGAAGGGGGUCUUUCCAGUGUCCUUUGUUCACAUCCUGUCUGACUAG